AUGUCUGAAAAACUGCAGGAGGUCUUGGAAAUCCCACAAGAAUUCGUUCGGGAUGGCAACCAGUUCCUAACACGCUGCACAAAGCCCUCCCGGAAAGAAUUCCUCCAAAUAUCAAGAGCUGUCGCCAUUGGCUUCGCUGUCAUGGGAUUCAUUGGGUAUUUCGUGAAGCUUAUUCAUAUCCCAAUAAAUAACAUUCUUGUGUACGUCAAGAACCAUACGAUGACAUAUUGCAAUCCCGCUGACGAACUGUUCCUAGUGGUGGGGCUUAGCCAUCAUCGUGUUCUCUACUACUUGUCCGAGGCGCUGUUGUUUUACGAUCCCCCAUAUUCCAUUGGCGACCGCAGUGGCGCAGAGCUGUACACAUCUACUGCGCAGGAGUGUUGA